AUUCCCGCGCUUUACGAUCACUUUGUCCACAACAACACGAGUGUUCAUCUGUACUUGUGACAAGUGCUCUCAUCUCAGUUAAAUCAUGGCAGAUGAAACCUCUUCCGAUCCAUUUUCCACUGCCACCAGUCCUUCUCGUCCUUCCCGAGGUCGACGAAGCAGUCGCGGUGAUCCCAUCACUUCCAGCCCAGGGCGUGAUUUGGCACCGUUCGAGGAUGAGUCUGAACUUGGGAAUGCUGAGGAGGAGGAAGAUGGGGAGGAGUUGUUCGGAGACAAUCUGGAAAGGGACUACCAGACCAUCCCUGCCCUUGACCGGUAUGACCAGGACAAUAUGGACAACGAGGACUACUCCGACAUAUCCGAGUCCCAGCGUCAAGCUGCCGAGAGGGAGAUCAGACAACGCGAGAGGGAAGAAGGGAUUACCGCUGGUCGUAUGAGGAGGGGUCUCAUAUAUGAGGAUUCAGACGAUGAAGAUCGCCCUGCUCGCAAACGUCGGAUGGCAGAAAGGGCAGCGGAGGGUGAUGUUGACGAGGAAGAGAUGAUCGAGAGUAUUGAAAACCUAGAAGACAUGAAGGGGCACACAGUCCGAGAGUGGGUCACCAUGUUGGCACCAAAGACAGAAAUCAAGAACAGGUUUAAGAACUUCCUGCGAACAUAUGUAGAUCAGAAAGGUCACAACGUGUACAGGGAAAAGAUCAGACAGAUGGUUGAAGCCAACAAGGAAAGCCUGAUCAUCGACUACAACAUGUUGGCAUCGGUGGAACAAGUGUUGGCCUACUUCCUGCCCGAGGCACCUGCAGAGAUGCUGCAGAACUUUGACGAGGCUGGGAAAGAGGUGGUGUUAAGCAUGUACCCCAACUAUGAAAGAAUAGCAAAGGAAAUCCGUGUCAGGAUAGCUGAGCUUCCUUUGAUCGAAGAUCUCCGAUCCCUCAGACAACUUCACCUGAACCAGUUGAUCCGCACGAGCGGCGUGGUGACCAGCACGACCGGCAUCCUCCCCCAGCUGAGUGUCAUCAAGUACGACUGUAACAAGUGUAACUUCAUCCUCGGACCUUUCUACCAGACACAGAACCAGGAGGUCAAGCCGGGGUCUUGUCCAGAGUGUCAGUCCACUGGACCUUUCGAAAUCAACAUGGAACAGACCCUGUACAAGAACUACCAGAGGAUCACCCUGCAGGAGAGCCCAGGGAAGGUCCCGGCUGGACGUCUGCCCAGAUCUAAGGACGCCAUCUUGCUGGAUGACAAUGUUGACACAUGCAAGCCUGGUGAUGAGAUUGAACUCACAGGUAUAUAUCACAACAACUAUGACGGGUCCCUCAACACAGCAAAUGGGUUUCCCGUGUUUGCAACAGUCAUACAGGCCAACUACAUCACCAAGAAGGACGACAAGAUGGCUGCAGCCUGUCUGACAGACGAGGACAUUAAAGCCAUCGUUGCUCUGUCCAAGGAUGAACGAAUUGGAGAAAGGAUCUUUGCCAGUAUGGCACCUUCUGUGUAUGGCCAUGAGGAAAUCAAGAGAGCCAUUGCUCUGGCGAUAUUUGGCGGCCAGCCCAAGAACCCCGGCGGCAAGCACAAAGUACGAGGAGACAUUAACAUACUUGCUUGUGGCGAACCCGGUACUGCAAAGUCCCAGUUCCUCAAGUACGUGGAGAAAAUGGCAGCUCGGGUAGUGUUUGCUACUGGUCAAGGUGCUUCCGCUGUGGGUUUGACCGCAUACGUCCAGAGGAAUCCGGUGUCCAAAGAAUGGACACUUGAGGCGGGUGCUCUUGUGUUGGCCGAUAAGGGAAUCUGUCUGAUUGACGAGUUUGACAAGAUGAAUGAUGCUGAUCGUACAAGUAUUCACGAAGCUAUGGAACAGCAGAGUAUCUCAAUAUCCAAGGCUGGCAUUGUGACGUCACUUCAAGCAAGAUGCACCAUCAUCGCAGCUGCCAACCCCAUCGGCGGACGAUACGACCCCUCUCUCACAUUCUCAGAAAAUGUUGAUUUGACAGAGCCGAUUUUGUCCAGAUUUGAUAUCCUGUGUGUAGUUAGAGACACGGUGGAUCCAGUGCAGGAUGAACGUCUUGCGAGGUUUGUGACAAGCAGUCAUAUGAAACACCAUCCCAAUGCUACAGAACAGACAGAAGACUUACUGGAUAACCUGAACAAUACUGGCAUUGACCCCAUACCCCAGGAGUUACUGAAGAAGUAUGUGAUCUACGCCAAGGAGAAGGUCCACCCCAAACUCCACAACAUGGACCAAGACAAAGUGGCCAAGAUGUACGCAGACCUCCGACGGGAAUCCAUGGCAACUGGCAGUAUCCCUAUCACAGUGCGUCACAUCGAGUCCAUGAUCCGUAUGGCGGAGGCCCACGCCAGGAUGCACCUGCGUGACUACGUCAACGAGGAUGAUGUCAAUAUGGCCAUCCGUAUCAUGCUGGAGAGCUUCAUCAGCACACAGAAGUUCAGCGUUAUGAGAAGCAUGAGAAAGACAUUCGGGCGCUACCUCUCCUUCAGGAAAGACAACAAUGAACUACUUCUGUUCAUCUUGAAGCAGCUUGCCCAGGAUCAGAUGUCUUUCCAGCGUAACCGAUACGGCAUGGAACAGGAUUCACUAGAGAUAUCGGAGAAGGAUCUGGCAGAUAAGGCACGACAGAUCAACAUUCACAACUUGACCUCCUUCUACGACAGUGACAUCUUCAAGAUCAACCAUUUUGCACAUGACACUAAACGCAAGGUCAUUAUUCAAAGUUUUUGAAACAAUGACUUCAUUGCUCACCACCAACCAACAGUGGAAGAAACGUUUCUUUUAAUGCAGAUUUUGUUGAAGAUGAAGUCAUUUGAACACUGAGAGGUCUUUCCCAUGUUCAUCCUUGAUAACCAAGUCGAAAUCUUGAUUGGAUUACUGACAAAAUGAGAUUUCAUCUUGCUUCGUGGUAUUUCGUCCUUCCAUCUAUCCAGACAGUGUUUUAAGCAUCUGUGACAUCGCUGAAAUCUUCAGAACACUGUGUGCAUCAAUAUAUAGACAUGGAUGAUAGGGUAACUGUGAGGAAAAACACAACUAAAUUGAACAUUUUUCAAAUGUUUAUUCUGUACAAAUGUAAGUUUUGAAGGUGUAUAGUACUGAUUGUACAUUAUGUAAAUGUAUGUGAACCGGAGGAUGAAUUGUCUGUUUGACUUGUACAUAAAUUGAAUAGCAAAACA